GGGCUACAGGAAUAAUGACUGUGACUAAGAAAGCCUUGUAGACUGUAGCUGUGCCUGAGGCUGGAAAACUGAAGCCCUGGAAGACGCUGGUUUAGCUCAGUGGCCUAGUCGAGGAGACCUUGAAGGUAUAACUACUUCCAGCCUCCAGGAUGGCCAUCCAAUUCCGUUCACUUUUCCCCUUGGCAUUGCCUGGAAUGCUAGCACUCCUUGGCUGGUGGUGGUUUUUCUCUCGUAAAAAAGAGCACGACAGCAGCCACGACAAACCGGUGGGGGCCAGCGCUAUGGAGCUGAGGACCGACCCUGCCAUCAAGGAACUGGUCCCUGUGGAAGAUCCCUGCCCUGCAGUAGAGCCCACACCCCCCAGUGUCACACAGCCAGCAGCAAAGGAGCUGGCCACCACGUGCAAGCCUUCCACAGAGCCCCCAGCCUCGCUGCGGGCACAUCCAGCCUGUCGUAGAGCCGAGUCCUCGGGCAGCCUUCCUAACGCCACAGACGUGGGAUUUCGACUAGGAACACACAAAGAUGACAGCGCAAGGGUGGAACCAGCCCUCACUGGUGACAAAACCAAGUCUGUUCCUCUAGAGUGCUCCCACCCCCCACCAAAGUCUGUCCUGUUCCCCCAGGGAGCAGCUGAGGUGUGCAGGCAGGGGGCAGGGCGUCGCUCGCAAGGCCAGCCUGCGCCCCCCCCAGAGAAGCCUGGCCCUGGGGAGAAGGUGAGAGAGGCGGGAGCGGAAGGCACUGGCGAUGCAGUGUUGGGAGAAAGUGUCCUGGAGGAAGAUGUGUUGUCCCCGGAGCAUGGCUCUACACCACAGAGCAGCAAGGCACCCAUCCUGGCUCCCUUGGGAGGAAGGGGAGAGGAAGGGAAGAACAGCCUGCCUCAGGCGGAUGGGGACACUGCAGGGAAGUUGCUGAGUAGCUUCAUUAAAUCGGCUCAGGUGGAGCCGGCCAAAGAUGUCGAAACACCAGCACCCCAGGGCAGAGGUGGCCGAGCCUGGGGAGGAGAACUGAGCAAAGAGGAAACUGUGGAUAAAAAUGAUGCGAUUGAGCAAGCUGCCUUCCAGAUUAUCUCCAAAGUGAUCUUGGAGGCCACUGAAGAAGUGCUGGCCACCACGACGGGCAAGAUUGCAGGUUGCCUGAAUCAGGCCUCAGCCGGUCAGCUCCAAGGGCAGGAGGAGAGCUGUGCCCCUGUCUGCCAGAAAACUGUCCUUAGGCAACAUGCCUCAGAGCCCACUCCAGCCCCAGGAGAGGUGGCCGCAGUGGAGGCGGCCGCAGUGGAGGCGGCCGCAGUGGAGGCGGCCGCAGCGGAGGCGGCCUUGGGCCCAUCAGAUGCUACCCUCCCCUCACCAGGCCUGCCAGCAGAGGACCUGCCACCACCAAAGACCUAUGUGAGCUGCUUGAGCAGCCCUCUGUCCAGCCCCACCAAGGACAUGAAGCCAAAGAACUCUGUGCACCACAUCUCCCUGAUCCCCUGCCCACCAUCAGCCAAUGCCCUUGGAGAGUCGCUGGACAGUGCAUGUGUUGUGGCGGAAGAUGUCGGCUCUGUCGCCUGCUCGUCCGACAACAGCCAGGGUGUCCCUUCAGUGGCCUCCUCCGGGCAGUGCGCAGAUUCCGUCAGCACUUCAGGGCUCGAAGACUCGUGUACAGAGACCACCAACUCAAGCCCCAGGGACAAGGCCACCACCUCGCCGCUGCCACAAAGUACUGUGCCCUUCAGCAAUGGGGUGCUGAAGGGGGAGUUGUCAGACUUGGGGACUGAGGAUGGAUGGACCAUGGAUGCGGAAGCAGAUCAUUCAGGAGGUUCGGACGGGAACAGCAUGGACUCGGUGGAUGGCUGCUGUGGCCUCAGGAAGACGGACAGUUUCCAGAAUGCCCAGGCGGGCUCCAACCCUAAGAAGGUCGACCUCAUCAUCUGGGAGAUUGAGGUGCCAAAGCACUUAGUCGGUCGGCUAAUUGGCAAGCAAGGGCGGUAUGUGAGUUUCCUGAAGCAAACAUCUGGUGCCAAGAUCUAUAUCUCAACCCUGCCUUACACCCAGAACAUCCAGAUCUGCCACAUAGAAGGCUCUCAGCAUCAUGUAGACAAGGCGCUGAACCUGAUUGGGAAGAAGUUCAAGGAGCUGAACCUCACCAACAUCUACGCGCCCCCACUGCCUUCACUGGCACUGCCUUCUCUUCCAAUGACUUCUUGGCUCAUGCUCCCGGAUGGCAUCACUGUGGAGGUGAUCGUGGUCAACCAGGUCAACGCCGGGCACCUGUUUGUGCAGCAGCACACGCACCCCACCUUCCAUGCACUGCGCAGCCUGGACCACCAGAUGUACCUCUGCUACUCUCAGCCUGGAAUCCCUACCUUGCCCACCCCCGUGGAAAUAACUGUCAUCUGCGCGGCCCCCGGUGUGGAUGGUGCCUGGUGGCGAGCCCAAGUGGUGGCCUCCUAUGAGGAGACCAACGAAGUCGAGAUUCGCUAUGUGGACUAUGGUGGCUAUAAGAGAGUGAAAGUAGACGAGCUCCGGCAAAUCCGGUCUGACUUUGUGACCCUGCCGUUCCAGGGAGCAGAAGUCCUUCUGGACAGCGUGAUGCCUCUGUCAGAUGGUGACCACUUCUCACCUGAAGCAGAUGCAGCUAUGAGCGAGAUGACAGGAAAUACAGCACUGCUGGCUCAGGUGACAAAUUACAGUCCAACUGGCAUUCCUCUGAUUCAGCUGUGGAGUGUGGUUGGAGAUGAAGUGGUGUUGAUAAACCGGUCGCUGGUGGAGCGAGGACUUGCUCAGUGGGUAGACAGCUACUACACAAGCCUCUGACCCCUGACCCCACAGCCGCUUGGGUCUAUUGCACUGUUGACAUUGGGCUUGGCGCUCAAGGCAGAGACUUUACAUCAGAAUAACAAACACUGUCACUGUUGUCUUCCUCAGAAAGUCCUUACUCCCGCCCCCCCAUAUUAUAGUCCUGUUGAGAAGGCGUUUUGUCUCUAAGACAAGGAAGGAGCUGUGCAUUCUUUUUAAAGCCAUAGGAUGGUGUUUAAUAAGCCAGUCAGCGUAACCUGGUUCUAAGCUGUUAAAGAAGAAAAACUGUGUUGACCAAGCUGUCCUGUUCCCCCUCCUCUCCAUUCCUCUCUUCUUCCUUCCCACUUCCUCCUCCCCCAAACCAGCUGUAGCAGACAGGCCAAGGGGUGUGUUGCGUGUUUGAGAGGGUUUCUUUUGCUUCAAAAUCUUUCUUCAGGGAGCAAGAUGUGAACUGGCUAAUUGGCAUUAAUUACUUGUACAGCUUGCAUAAAUGGAUUUAUGAUGUUUAACCAGUUUUUAUAAACUUGACCUAGGUCACUAAGAAGGCAGACUUUUUAAUGCAUAUGUAAAUACAAAGCAAUGAUACCUCUCUCUGGCCUUGGUCCGUGGGAGAAGCGAACUGUUUGUUAUCUGGCCAAGCCUUGUUGUAAUUUGUAACCAUUUUCUAUUUGUGCAAACUCUGUAAAUAUGUGUUUAGAAAAUGUAAUAUUUUAUACAAGAUACACUGGAGAACAAAGGGAACUCACGGUCUUUCCACACACCGUGCGUCGGUGAGCAGAAGUUGCGGCCACCCGUGAGCUCUCCUGCUGGGGGCCCCCGCGGUCCUGCGUGCUGAACAGGGUGACUGCAGGGUAGGGGUUGUGAUCGGGGAUUGAUUUUUUUUCUUUCCGUACCACUUUGUUUAAAAAAAAAAAAAAAAAAAAAGACAAUUCAUUGAAUUAUCAGAGAUUGUGAUCUGGGUGUUUUUUUUUCCCUGUACAAAUUUGUUUAAAAAAAGAAAGCAACUCAUUGAAUUACCUUGCAGUAGUGUGUUUGAUUCUUUUUCAGACUGGCUCCAGCAGUUGUGCAAUUUAAAAUAAAUAACUGAAGCCUAUAUAAAUCUUGGAGUGUAUACACAGUGGCUCUGAGUGGAGCUGUUCCACGCAAAAAGGAUUGGGGUGUACGGAGGUGGUUGUGCGUGUGCUGGGCUGGCGGUCCAUGGCUCUCUGAAGACAGGGUAGCCAGAAAUUUCCAUCCAGCCUUUUCCUCUCCCAGCCCCAUAAGGCAGCAGCAAGCAUUCUCUGGCUUCCUCAGUGAAUGUCUCAAAUAGCCAGGCUCAUGUUUAAAACACUGGUUUCCAGAAUUCUUUGGUUAUGCAUUCUUAAUAGAUCUGUUAAGUGAUUACCGCUGUAGUGGUAAGAAUGAUAUAAACUACGCACACAUGAGCAUGGUGAGAGCCGAGAGUAAGUCUUGACUCACCAGUCCGUCCUCUUACAGGCAGGCUCAGGCCCUUUAGUCCAGGCCUCCGGGGGGUCUUGAGCCAGCUGAGACAGCCCCAGGGUCCUUCACACCGAAGGAGCCCUCCCACAGAGCGGCAGGUACCCAGUGGUUAGGAGUCUCGGGUUCCCUCAUCUGUGGGAACAGGUGGUGAAUUGUGCUGACCUCACAUGGCGGCAGAGUGACACUGUGGACCUGCACCCUGCUUUGCAGAGAGUCGCCCACAGCGAGCUCCCAUGCAGGCCUUGCUGCUGGUAGCCCGUGUCCCAGCAGUAACUGGGUGUGCCUUGGCCAAGCCGUGUGACAGCCCGGCCUCGGCGUUUCCUGGGCAGCUUUCACCACUGGAGCGGUAGGUGUACAUGGGAGCCUUGGAGCUGGCUUGGGGAGAGCUUGCAAAGCCUGGUGUGCAGAUUUGGACUUCAUCUUCAGGAGCCGUUGAGUGGUUCUAAUGGAGGGAAUAAUCACACAAUUUUGGUGCAUCGAGGAGGAUGGGAAGGUAGACAAGCAGAGACCAAAGCCAGGAUGGUCUGAUGGACAAGCGAGGGUCAGGAUGCUUGGACAAAGUCCCCUGGAUGGCGGGCUCGGGGACACAGUGGGGGAAAGGAGGUGGCGGGCUGCCCACGUGUCUCGGGUUCUCUCGGCCGAGCCUGUGGGGAUGGUCCUUGAGCAGGCUGGAGGUUGGUGAAGGCAUGUGCUCCAAAUAGAUGCGUGGGCUCAAACAGCUGUGGGCCUUCAAUUUCUAGGGUUCUGAAAAAGUGGAUUUUAACCAUUUUGCCAAGUAAUCUUGUUGCAUUUAGGGAAGAGCAAAUCUAGAGAGGCCUAGCUCCACCAUUCCAGCAAGUAAGUUUUAAACUUGUUCUUGGAAUUAAUUACUUGUGGACCACCCAGAAGACAGCUUUCAAUGUGAGUUUGAAGACUUACGAGAGCAGCCAGUGCUAGAGAGAGGCCUGGCCCGUGCCUGGCGUGCGGGAGAGCGGUCGGGCGCCAGACGAAGGAGGCUGGAGUCCCCAGCCCCUGCUCACUCUGGGCGCUUGUGUCACCUUCCCCCCACAACCCUCCGCUGCCUCCCGUCCCUGGGGGCCGCUAGAAAUGGAAGGGGUGGCCGGUUCUAGCGGGGGAUCCGCAUGAGGCGGGUUCCGGGGUUCUGCUGCACCUCGGACGGACAGCCUCAGCUGUGCUGCUUAGCAGUGUCUCUGACCGUCACAGGUGUAGGCGAGAGCCACCAGCAGCCAGGGUUUUGGAGGGCCGACUGGGUCAGACACCGCUGUUCCACAGCAAGCACUCGAUCCUCACGGCAACCCAGUGAGGCGGGGACUGACCCCAGCGGCAGAUGGCGCUGACGUUAGGACGUGGGCUUUGGAGGCAGCAGAGCUGGGGCUCAAAGCCAGGCUUUGACCAUGGCGGGGUCUCUUCACUGCGUCUGCCCUGAAGUGACAGGAGGAUGAGCGUGCCCUGUGCCACCUCCCCAGGUAACUGCCACAGCCGCUGAAUGAUCAGCCCGUAGGAAAGCGGGAGGCUUAAAGUGAAAAAACACUACACAGGAGUGCGCGCUCAUUUUGCUUAUAUGAAAAAUUAAAAUUCAAGUACACAAAAUCAGGAGACACUUGUGGCAUCUAGGCCAAAAGGGUGAAUGUUUUUUAACCUAUGCCGAUCUAAAGGAAAACAUAGUCUCUGUUGGACAAUGCAGGAAAAGAGAGAAUCUGGGUCUGUUUCCAGACCAGCACAGCACUGUCCAAUAGAAAUAUAUGAGCCACAAGUGUAAUUUAAGUUUUUCUAGGAGCCACAAUACAAAGGAAAAAUAAUCAGGUGAAACUAAAUAGUUUAGCCCAGUAUCUCAUUUCUAUAUGUAAUGGACAUUAAAUAUAUAUGUGUAAAUAUAUAUAUUUACAUAUAUAUUACUCAUUUUAUAUAUAUGUAAAUGAGUAAUUUCACUCAAUCUUUGAAAUCAGAGCGUCUGUUUUCUACCUCCAGCCUGUUUGUCCAGACUAACCACACCUCUGAUGCUCAGUAGCCACAGGUGGCUUGAGGCGACCCCACAGUACAGCACAGGACCAGGCUAUUCCUUUGAUCGCCGCCGCACAGAUGCUAACAGCCUUCUAUCUGUCCUUCCUCACCUCAUUCAGAAGUGCUAGCUCUUUGGCAUGCUGUCCAGGUGCCUUUCAGAAUGAUCUGGGGGAAGCAAUCAUGGCAACCGUCCCGACAUCUGAAAAUAAUGCAUGCUGUUGGUUUGGUGUAACAUUUUAUGUAAUCUGUGAAACCUGGCUUGUAAAUUAUUCAAAUUUAUUGUUUUUGGCACUCUCCACCCAUUUUUCCCCCCGCCUGUACGAUCUGUUCAUUUCUAAGAAAACCACAUUAAAUGAUUCUGCUAUUGUCAUGUUUUAUGGUUUCUCUCAACUACUUUUAUAAGUUUUGGUUACGUUGCCUAGUUUGAAAAAGCUUAUGAAAGGUAUUUCCUCAUCAGCAUUAAAAUAGUUUUGGUAU